AGUGACAGAGAGAGACAUAGAGAGACAGAGAGGGAGAGAGAGACCACACACUGAGGAAAGACAUGUGGAGGAAACUUUAUCUAAAAGAACCAGAGUGGACUUCAUUUCUGAAGGACUCAUCAGAGAUCUAGGGACAGGAUUUUAGUCAUCAAAGGAGGAAUGAAAGAGGACAAGUGCAUGCCAUUAACUUUGUAUAUACCUUUUUUUCCUCCAUCCCUUCAUUUGUACUGCCACCUUCAGCAUCUGGGAUCUGAAGGGUGCAGGUGCAUGAUCAGGUGCACUUUUAAACAUAUCCGUGUGUCCAGUUGAGGACUAAACCUUUAGUGUGUGUUAGGAUGUGACUGAGUGACACGGUGUCGCCUGACACAAAAUGUGUUAAAUAGAGCGUGCUGUUAAUUGGCACACUGCUUUUGAGAGUUUGGCACCAUGCCAACCGCAGUCAAGACGUCUCUGGACAGCAUGAUGUCGGACUCAGGGGAGCUGGAGCGGUCGGUGCCCCCCUGUUUGGGGAAGGUGCCCAAAGACCUGGUCAGAAACUUUCCACACACCAAGCGUGUGGGCAGCUACCUGGUGGGAAAGAUGAUCAACAAGGGCUCUUUUGCCAAGGUGAUGGAAGGAAUGCACAUUAGCACGGGGGAGAAGGUGGCGAUUAAAGUAAUAGAUAAGAAGAAGGCUCGACAGGACUCUUACUUGUUGAAGAAUAUGAAGCGUGAGCCGAGAAUCCACCAGAUGAUCCGUCACCCCAACAUCGUGCUGCUGCUGGAGACGCUGGAGACAGAGAACUGUUACUACAUGGCCAUGGAGCUGUGCUCCGGAGGAGACCUGAUGGACCGCAUCUGCGAUCAAAAACGCCUGGAGGAGAGAGAGGUCCGCAGAUACACACGACAGAUACUUUCCGCCGUGGACCAUCUACACACACACGGCAUAGUGCACAGAGACUUAAAGAUUGAAAACUUUCUGUUGGAUGAACACAACAACAUUAAGAUUGUUGACUUUGGUCUGAGUAACACUCUGAAGGUGUACUCUCUCUCCCCGGAGCUGCUGAACACUCAGUGUGGAAGCCCAGCAUAUGCUGCCCCUGAGCUGCUGGCACACAGAAAGUACGGCCCGAAAGUGGAUGUAUGGUCUGUGGGAGUCAGUAUGUUUGCUAUGCUGACCGGCACACUGCCCUUCACAGUGGAGCCCUUCAACAUAAAACAGCUUCAUCAAAAAAUGGUCAACGGCGAAAUCAGCACUAUUCCAUCCGACAUCAGUAAAGGAGCAGUGCAGUUUGUUUUGUCCCUGUUGGAGCCAGACCCACUGAAAAGGCCUACAGUGAAAGCAGCCAUGGAGGAGAAAUGGCUCAACGAGGGUUAUGCCAAGAGACCCCUACAUACUGUGUCUUAUAAAAACAGAUUACGUCCUGAAGAUCUGAACUCAUCAGUGCUGAACUACAUGUCCGAGUCUCUUGGCUAUGGUUUCUCAGACAUCAUCCACACUGUAAUCAACAACAAACCCUCCACCAUCCUGGCUACCUACCAACUGCUGCUGAAAAAAAUGAUCAGACAACAGAAAGUAGCCAAGACCAUGAAGAAGGUGGAAAGUAGUGAUUGGAACCAGAAUAAGCCUGUAUGGAACGAGAGGAACAACACACCAGCGAAGAGUCAGCAACAGUCUCCUCAGAGUGACACUACCAGUGAAGGAGACAGGAGUCGGAGACAGUCCAGUAAAACUCCACGCAUCCAGUCACAGGACAGAGAUUCUCUAGGCAGCAGAAGGAGACCAGAGGAGGCCAUCAGACAGAAACAGCCAAGCUCAGAAGGGAAGAGAGCAGUUACCCCAUCCACCCCACUAGCGGACGCAUUCAUCGAUAAUGACUUUGCAAUCAGCAUGGAGACAAGAGAAGGACUGUUUCCUGAAGUCUCUCUGUUUGGUGAGAGGGAGCUGGUCCACGCCUCGCCCCCCAAAUGCUCCUGCAGGGAAGGGAGUGGCUCAAAGUUGUGUGACUCCACCCCCUCUGAUGCUCCAGUAACUGUGGAAAAUAAAAAGGACUCUCAGUCCAUCAAACCAGCUGCAAAACCUCAUGACCUGAGAGUCACACACCCUGAGGAUUAUUCAGGAGAGGAACUAACACACCUCCAUGAUGACAAACUGGAGAAGCUCCAGACGUUCUACUCUGAAAAGGCCGUAUCACCCAGGACACACUUUGAGAGCAGAGCCGGGCAGCGGUUUAAAGACCUUCUGCUGGCCAUCGAGGAAAAGACUCACCCUGCCCGUCACCUCAGCGCCAUGGAAACCACUGCACAAACUUCACCAUUACCAAGACUACGUCACGGAACUGUGUCGCCAAAGAAAGUGACGUGGGUGGGGCUUAAACAUCACGCUGGGACUGCCACGGGCUCCUCCCCCUUUCUGGUUAACGGUUCAAAACCGCCAGUGUUUCCAACUCAAAGACAGCAGGCUCUGGUCAUCAAAAGCCUGAGGCACUCUAAGGAAAAGAGGAAUGGGAUGACAGGAGGGUCCAUUAGUGUUCCGGGACACACAGGGAAACGGAACUCUGUACAGUUACGGACGUUUAUCCAGCGCAGAGACACAGACCUAAACCUGCCCAUGCUCCCCUCCACUUACCACAACAAGCCUGAGAAAAAAACUGAGAUACUCAGGAUGGACUUUGGUUAAGAGUAAGACGUAUAUAUGAGACAAAGAGAGAGAGAGAGAGAGAGAGAGGUGCUACCUAAUGUGGGAGUCUUCAUGAAACCUCUAGGCCUUUAGUACCUGACAGGGCGUCUCAAUCUUGUGUAGUAUUGAUUUGUAACCAUCAGCGUCUGGCUAGAAUUGUCCAAGUGAACAGACAAGAAACGUUUUGCAGAAAUUAAAUCCACAUUUCAUGCAGGAGCCCCCAGACGUAUAUCCCACAGGUCAGUGCCAAGUUCUUUAGCUUCCAUGGGACAUUACAAUGGUCAUGGGACAUGCUAAUCCCCCCUAAAAAAUACUAGAACAGUAGUCGUGCUAAAUUUUGUACUGUACUCUGCAAUUUAGUGAUUGCCAGUUCUUACUUUUAGGCAACAGAAAAUGCAAAUGACAAUAGAAAAUGCUUUAUUACAAAGUUUUAAACAUACUACUGCUGCCUUCCAGUCAUUUAGGAAAUAUCUUAUUUACAAGAUAAUUGCACUUAAAUGCCACCACAAACUUGUAUUUAUCUCAAAGGAGAACUUGAAAUCAGCAUCACAUUUCAUUCAAAUCUAAAUUGUAAAUCAAUAUUUGCAAUAAUAAGGAAGAAAUGCAACUAACUUUAGCAAUGCAUUACCUAUAUAAGACUGGAGCUUGAUUGCUUGACUGGGAAAGCACAUUGCUCUACACCCAUAAGAAUCCCUGGGCAAGGCUCCUAAAUCUAGCCGUUCUCCGACCUGUGUAAAAUGAAUCAAAGAUAAAAUGCUCUGAGUAAGAGCAUCAGCCAAAUGCUUUAAAUUGACCUGUAUAUAGCAAUUUCUUGAUUCUUAAGAAUGUAAUUUAAUUAAUUAAUCAGUUUACUUUUAGAUUUAAGUUAAAAACAACUUUUAAACUAAAUGAAUUUGUUAAUUUACUACAUAAUUGACCUUAAAAUAUUUUUUUUUUGUAAGUAAACUUAAUUACAGUUUACAAUGGUGCAGUGCCCUUUGCUGGUGGAGGGGGGAGUAGGGAUGUUGAAGGCAAGAAGUUGCUUUCAUAUCUGUCUGAGACAAAAAAGACAAGGUACAAAAUCAAACACAUUUAUUUUUGUUAAAUUUGAAUUUCAUUUAAUAAACAUUUUGGUAUGUUUUCA